AUGUACUACAGCCGCUACGCUGUUGGCAUCACUUUUUACAGUGGAUUUCCGCUGUUGUGGGCCUUUAACCAUCUGUCUGACUUUGUUGUUCACACAGGAGAGAGACGGGACUACCGUGGGUCUUCUGGGGAGCCUCAACAACCUCAUGAUGCUGACAAGGCAGAGAAGAGUCUCUCCACAUCAGAACACCUCAAGAAACACCUGCAGAGAUCCACAGGGAAGAAACCUCGCUGCUGCUCUGACGGUGGGAAGAGAUUCACCUCCUCAGCAGGCAUUAAAAUUCAUCAGAGAAUCCACACAGUGGAGAAAUCUUAUAGCUGUACUCAAUGUGGGAAGAGUUUUACUCAUUCAACCAGCCUGAUAUCACAUCAGAGAACACACACAGGAAAGACAUCUUACAUCUGUAGCUGUGGUAUAUGUGGGAAGAGUUUUACUCGGCUAAGCACCCUGAUAUCACACCAGAGAACACACACAGGAGAGAAACGAGAGAAACCGUAUAGCUGUGAUGAAUGUGGGAAGAGUUUUUAUACAUCUAGCCAUCUUAUUGUACACCAAAGAACACACACAGGAGAGAAACCGUAUAGUUGUACUCGGUGUGGGAAGAGUUGUUUUACAUCUAGCUAUCUGAAGAGGCACCAGAGAACACACACAGGAGAGAAACCUUUUAGCUGUACUCAAUGCGGUAAGAGUUUUACUCAGCUAAGCAACCUGAUAUCACACCAGAGAACACACUCAGGAGAGAAACCGUAUAGCUGUAAUGAAUGUUGGAAGAGUUUUACUCACCUAAGCAGCCUGACAUCACACCAGAGAACACACACAAGAGAUAAACCAUAUAGCUGUCAUGAAUGUGAGAAGAGUUUUAUUAGCCUAAGCAGCCUGAUGUCACACCAGAGAACACACACAGGAGAGAAACUUUAUAGCUGUACUCAAUGUGGGAAGAGUUUUAAUACAUCCAGCAUUCUGACUAGACACCAGAGAACACACACAGGAGAGAGACCGUUUACCUGUGAUCAAUGUGGGAAGAGUUUUACUCAGCUAAGCGGCAUUAUAUCACACCGGAGAACACACACGGGAGAGAAACCGUAUAGCUGUGAUCAAUGUGGGAAGUGUUUUGCUACAUCUGGCCAGCUGACUUCACACCAGAUAACACACAGAGGAGAGAAACGUUAUAGCUGUGAUCAAUGUGGGAAGAGUUUUGUUCAAUCUGGCAAUCUAAAAGUACACCAGAGAACACACACAGGAGAGAAACCUCAUAGCUGUGAUUUGUGUGACAGGAGAUACUCUGAUAAAAGAUCUCUGAUCAAACAUCAGAAAAUACAUGAAGGAGUUGUUUCAUAAUAUCAAUGAAAUAAUGUCACCGAAUGAAUCAAUGAAUGAAUCAAUUAAUUAAUGUCACAAUGUAGAAUGUUUUAACAUUGUAGUAGGAGUAUUUUAAUGAUGUCAUAAUGUAGAAUGUUUUAACAUUGAAGUAGGAGUAUUUUAAUGAUGUCACAAUGUAGAACCCUAAACGUUUGUCCCCUGUUCUAUUGAUUUCAACAUGAUAUGGAUAUUAGCCUCAGGGGGAAAAUCCAGGCUAUCAAUUGGAAGAGUACUAUUUAUGAGAUUUAUCAGAAAGUGACUAACACAAAAAGAGCUGUGUUACACUUACCAUGUUGGUGACCCACUUGAAUCAAAAUGCAACACUUAAAUUUAGAGAUCUGUUUUCUACAAAUUGUCCUCUAAACAGUGAUGUACACAUUAUUCCCAGAUUCAGUGUGGUUUUUGAGCUGUUAGUUUUAACAGGACGUGCAACCUCAUCUCCCUCCUCUCGGCACAAUUGUUUUCAAAUAAGUGUUGUGUUCCUUUGUUUAGCGACACCUAAAUUUAAAUGCAUCACUCCAAAAUGUUGCUGACUGUCUUCUGCAGGUUGUCCUCUAACCAGUGAGGUUAAAGAUAUCUCCCAUUUACAUGUGUUUUUUUUGUUGUGUUAGUUUCAACAUCACGUACAACCUGAUUUCCCCCCUAAUUGAUAUCAGUGAUUUAUUGCUACUUGUCAAAACAACAGCGUUUCUGGUGCUUGUGCAGUUUAUAAGGAGCUUGUUUAAAUAAAUAUAAGUACUGUGAUUAUUGUGGCAGUUUGUGUAUAUAGCACAUUUUAUGUUUAGGUUUUCAAUAUAUCACAAACUGUUUCUGCAUAUUGGUUAUUGAUUUGGACACAUUAAAACUGUGUUUUGACAUUGAGGCUAUCCCACGUAGCAAAAUGUCAUUGAAAAGACGUUGAAAAUAUGACUAUGCAAUCAAAUAUUUCACAUUUACAUUUCAUGUAACAUUUAGUAAUGGAAUUUAUUCAUGCAACCAACUGAUGUUUUUUUUGGGUACAAUUAUAUUGACAUUGUUGCCCUUCUUUUAGAAUAGCAGGGUUCAUUCUCAGAUGUGCCAAACCAAAUGUACUAGAGCAUGACAUUGGGGACUGGGCCCUGAUCCAACAACAUGCCUAUCUAGUGAACCCUGAAAAGAGAGAGAAGCUCUACAGCAGGGGUGUCAAACUCAUUUCGCAUCGUGGGCCACAUACGGCCUAGGGAGAUGUCAAGUGGGCCGGACCA